AUGACGUUCACCGGCAGCGACGUCGGGUCCACCGCCCCCAACGGGUUCAAUUUACAAAGACCGGAUAGCCCAGGAAACAUAUGCAAGCGUGAUGUUUUAGCGGCAAUAGAAUCAGACGACAAGAUUGUGGAUGUUGAUGAGAAUUUGGAUGACCCACAGUCGCUUGCAAAGAAAAGGCCAGCCAUUAACUUCAUAGAAAGAGGGCGAAAAGACAUUAAUGCCAUACUGCGUGUGGUUCUUAUUAAUUGGCUUGUUGAGAGGGAUAGACUUGUAACUGACACAAUGUAUUUAACUGUUAACAACAUAGACCAUUAUCUUUCUGGAAAUGUCAUGGAUAGGCAAAAGGUUGCAAUUGCUUGGUGUGGCUUGCAUGAUGAUUGCGUUCCUCAAAUGGAGUCUGAUGUCUUAAAUUACCUAAAAUUUGAAAUGAGAGUAGCCACAAAUGAUAUAUUAACUCACUAUCCAUUUACUUUCCAUAGGAGUUUUGUCCGCGCUGCACAUGGUCUCAAUGAGUGUUUCACAUAUGCUCUAACGCAUUUGAAUUGGAGGUCGUGUAUAAGUUGCAUAAAUAUUGUGGGUGCCUUUCUAGGCUUCAAUUGGAGUGCUUGGCCAACUACAUUGUUGGGUUAUCUAUUCUGGAAACGUGCUAUUUUAUACACCAUCGGUCAUAGCAGCAUCUUCGAUUUUCCUGGCCUAAUUCAUUCUUCUACCUGCUAA